AUGGCUGAAACUACUGCCUUUAUCAAACACGAGCCAGACGAUCAGCCUAGCAACCCGCAUCAAUAUUUGAUGUCCUCAACAUUUGGAAUGCCUAGUCCCUCCUUCGGAUCUAAUUUCGGAAAUCCUGGGGGGAACGAGGGUAUUGAUCCUUCAGAACUCUCAAUGCAGAAUGGCGGGUUCAUGUCCUACCCGUUCAGUUCACAACACAAUUUAUCCUCGAGUUUCAACCUUGGGAAUUCAAGCAUCGAUACGGCAGAGCUUCUGGAUUUGGAUCUCAAUGGGCAAGGCGGCGUCGGUCGUGAUAACAGCCUGAGCUUUGUCCAAGACCCACAACGCCAUCCUACAGGCAUCUCCAUGAGCCACCAGGGACAAAUGACUAAUGUCUACUCAAGCACCCCUGAAGGAGCACCAAUCCAAAGCCCAUAUGUCCGCAACAACUUCAACUACGAACAGUUUCGAGUAAGCCACGGUCAACAAGCUACGUCGCCUCAUGUGAGCCUGAACACUCAUUUCGACCAACACUACGCCAAUGGACGGCCAAGUUUCCAAGGUAUUGACCGAAAUUCUACUGAUGCACGAAGUCCAAUGACACCAAAAACACCUGCCAUCGCAGGGCUUAAUAUCGGGACCCCGGAAUCUGGCAGUUUCCCUUCCCAACCAAUGCGGGUAGUGAGUCUCCAGAAUCGACACCAGAAAACUUUGUCCAAUCAAUGGGACGGUACCCCUGGCAGCGCUCAGUCUUUGAUCGAAUCUCCCAUUUCAUCCCCAGGUCACCUAUCUCACCAUACGGGAAUAUCGGAAAUAUUGAAAUCUGGAAAGCAUGCUUCGUUGCCUGCCAAGGUCGAUUCCGUACAUGGACAUCAUCAAAAUAGUUCCCAAACACUGGAAUCACAGGAGGCCAAGAGAAGACGUCGACGGGCUUCGCAUAAUAUGGUGGAGCGUCGGAGACGUGAUAACAUCAAUGAACGGAUACAGGACCUUUCCCACCUUGUCCCUCAACACCGUUUGGAAGAUGACAAGAUUCGAAAGCAACUUGUCAAUAACUCAGCGCUGGCUACUUCUACUGGCGGAUCUGGCUUGAGUCCCCCAAAUGCUGCAACAUCGCUGCUUGCUGGAGGAAGUGGUCGCCGAGCUACGCCAGGAAAUAUCACUAUGGGUCUUCCCAUCGAAGAAAAGGAGAAGGGCCCCAACAAAGGCGACAUUUUAAAUGGUGCUGUUGGCUGGACGAGAGAUCUAAUGUGGGCAAUGCACGUCAAACUACAACAGGAAGAUGAGCUAGCCGAGUUGAUUGCAUCGCUUGGCGGUACCUGGCCAUUCGAGCAGACUGAAGAGGAGAAGCGUAUGCGCACAGAGCUAAUUGAUGCCAUGGAGAAGAACGAUCCGAAUACCUUCUUCUACAGUCGAGCUCCAGGAAGUGGUCUCCGCGUCCCCAAACACACCAACAUUGCCGGAGAGGCCCUUCCGCAACAGAAUCAAACCGAUACCUUGAGUCCGCAGAGCCUUAGUCCCGGCUUUCACAGUGGCGGGAGCGGAAACAAUAGUGGUGGAACCCAUCCACAGUACUGGAAUAGCUCUGGCCAUGCUGGAAUGAGUUUCAAAGAGGAAGACGAAUACUCUAUGGAAAUGAACUAG